AUGAUCCACCACCACGGUCCCGUACACCACCUGGAACACUUUGACCUCAAUGAACUGGAAUCUCACGCUAUUCAGCAUAGUAUCAAUCCUCGCAAUCUCAACCCAAGCACUGCACAGCCACUACCAUCAACACACAAUGGUCAGCCCAGCAAGCCUCAAUGGCAAGUCCGUCCACCCACAGCAGACAACAUCUUCAAGAAGCCCCUUGCUCUUCACUCCACCAGCCCUAUGACCGGCUUCCUGCGCGACGGCUACUGCCACGUACCCGCCGGUGACUUCGGUAACCACGCCGUCGCAGCAAGCGUGUCCAAGGAGUUCCUCGACUUCACAGCGUCUCGUGGAAAUGACCUGCGUAGUGCAGGGUUGACGCCAGGUUGUAAAUGGUGUCUGUGUGCGAGUCGCUGGAAAGAGGCGUUUCUGGCGCGGAAGAAUGACACCGAUCCAGUGGUACCCAAGGUGUGGCUGAACGCGACGAACGAGAAGGCCCUGGGCAAGGUGGAGUUGGAGGAGUUGAAAAAAUUUGCUGCUGACAAGGAGGAAUGA